UGUUCCUUUCGAUUUAUUACUUUGGCGAGACUCGUUUUGACGACCGAACUGGAAUAGAAAGAUAUGGAGGAGAGCGAGAUGAAGGUGAUGGAAGAAGACUGACGAAAGCCACGUCCCGACAGGAAGUAGGAAAUGAUUGUGCGAGAGAAACUUGAAAUCACCAACAGCUACCGCCCCUAUAUACGAAGUAGAUGUAAUCGACGGAGAUGUAGGAUGGAAAGGGUGACUAUUAGAGGUGAUUCUUUUACAAAAACAGCAAAGAGAGAAGCAAGAGAAUGCAAGAGGAGAAGUCAAGGGAAAGGCAAAUCGGCGAUACAGAUCGAGAAGACUAAGACAAGACACGGAGCUUGUGCAAGACCAACGACCCGCGGCACCGGGAGGUCCAAUACCGGCAUCACUACACUUUUUGAUUUGAUGCUUGCAUAUGCAUGUUCAUGUACAGGCGCAUGUACGCACUACGAAACAUUGGCCUGGGAGGGCCGUUUUUAUGCUUAUACUUGCAGGUCUCGGUCUGUCUGGAGCAAUGAGACCAGACCAGCCACAUCCCGCUGGUCACUUGUCACCAGAGAUUUCGGGAGGGCAUUUGACCAUUUUUUGGCUGCAGCCUUGGGGGGGGUCUAAAAAGAGGCGAAUCAAGGCGGGAUAAAAAAGCAAGAUUGCAAGCUCCAAGUAGUGCCGAAUGGUCCAUCCAUGGGUGAUGCUGAAGCGAGACUAUAUUGCAUGUGGUUGGCGCGCUGGGAAGUGAACCUUGCAUCAUAUUCAUCGGGGGGGCUCCACGAAGUCAAUGCUUUGGAUGGACUUGAUUUGAUGCUUUUACUUUUUAACAGUAUGAGUGGCC